AUAGACGAUCUUUGUCUCACGUCUUGACGUGUCACCAGGGGCAGGCAGUGAGGGAAGUUUCCGAUCUUGAAAUGUCUUUAGUUUGAAACAGGCAACAUGUAUUACAUUUAGUAUUAUUUUGUGGUUAGAAGUCAUGUCCCUGCUGCAGUGUGUCGGCGGGUCAACAUGCAGUGGAAAAGACACAUCACUGGUGUCGCUUUUAGCAUCGUUUUCGUUGUAUCAUAUUUCACGAAUAAGUUUGUCCUGUCAGUGUUAAAAUUCACCUAUCCAACCUUAUUUCAAGGAUGGCAAACAUUUAUCGGGGCUGUACUGCUUCUACUCUCUGGGAAGUUUGGAUGGGUGGAAAUGAGCCGCAUCAACAGAUCAGCAGCUCUUUCCUGGCUUCCAGGCUCCCUCCUGUUUGUGGGAAAAAUAUAUGCGGGUUCCAGGGCUUUAUCACGCAUAGACAUUCCUAUUUUCUUCACUCUUCAGAAUUCCUCCCAUGUUGUUAGUUACAUAAUCUUGAAGGUUUUCCAUAGAGAGAAGACACAAUGGCUGAAAUUAAUCAGCAUAUGCUUAAUGCUGCUCUCAGCCAUCAACCUCCCCCUCCAUGAUCUUCAGUUUGACUACAGUGGUUACCUCUGGGCUGUUGGUCAUCUGCUCUGUGUUGGUGCAUACAGAGUGUUUCAAGUUCACUACAAAUCAAGUAAUUUGAGUGACCUUGAACAACAGUGCAUCAACUACUUGUUCAGUGUACUGCUGCUGGCCAUUGCCGCUCACCCAACAGGCGACCUCACAGGUGCCAUGGAGUUCCCCUCCCUUCAGUCCCACACAUUUCACUGUGGUUGCUGUGCCAGUGCACUGCUGGGUUUUUUGUUGCUGCUGGCCACAGUCAAACUAAAAAGUGGAUUGUCCCUCGAGCACUUUGGGGUCUGGAUUUUUUUGUCUAAGAUUACUGCCAUGUUCCUCUCUCCGUUUAUUUUCUACAUGGACAUUAAUACUCCAUCUCUUAUUUGUGUUGUCAUUAGUCAUGUUGGAGAGGCCCUGCUGGUGUAUUCUCACAGAGACUCUCAGUUGUGAUGAGGAAAUUGCAGCUCUCCAGAUUGACCCACAACUAGCAGUCCUAAAAGAGAUUUUUUUUUCUAGAAAAAUGUAUUUUAUUUUUGGCACUUUA